CGAGCCCUAGCCGAACUAAACGGAACCCAAGCAAUCAUCAUGUCUGGACGUGGAAAGGGAGGAAAAGUGAAGGGAAAGGCAAAGUCCCGCUCGAACCGUGCCGGUCUACAGUUCCCGGUUGGCCGUAUCCACCGUCUGCUGCGCAAAGGCAACUAUGCCGAGCGCGUCGGUGCUGGUGCACCAGUGUAUCUGGCUGCCGUGAUGGAGUACUUGGCCGCUGAAGUGUUGGAGCUGGCAGGAAACGCUGCGCGAGACAACAAGAAGACCCGCAUCAUCCCGCGUCAUCUGCAGCUGGCCAUCCGCAACGACGAGGAAUUGAACAAACUGUUGUCCGGUGUGACCAUCGCCCAGGGCGGUGUGCUGCCCAACAUUCAGGCCGUGCUGUUACCGAAGAAGACCGAAAAGAAGGCUUAA